CGGACUUCCUCGAUUAGUGUAGUCUAUAGCAGUAAGGGAAGAGAUAGACGAAAUCACUGGUACAAAAGAAGAGCGCCGGAGUGUAGUAACUUCGUCGCCGGAGAAGAAGGGGUAACCGCCGGAGUCUCGUUCAGUCGCCCUUGCAAAGAACAGAGUAAGCGGUGCCGUGUGGCUGACUUCGCCGGAGUCGCCGCUUGGAGGUGGAUCACCGCUGACCGCCUGAGUUGUGUUGUCGCCUUCCCUCUGUACUUCUCGCCGGCCGCAGGCCAUCGACGCAGACGAACAACAUCAUGCCACCCAGACGUGACCCGAAUGUUGUGCCAACCAAUGCGGAAUUGGCCCAAACUGUUCACCUGCUUACUCAAGUCGCUCACACUAUUGCGAAUGCGGUACUACAAAACAACCAGCCACGUCAUAACAGCAAUGACAUGGAAACCCGUGUAGCGAUGCGAAAUCCACCGAGCUUCCUUGGGCAAGAGGAUCCAAUCAUUCUCGAGAAUUGGAUACGCACCUUUGACAAGCUGUUUGAUGCGAUCAAUUGCCCAGCCGAACAACGAGUUGACAUUGCUGUAUAUUACCUGCAUGAAGAAGCAGACAAAUGGUGGGUUAAUGUGGGACCAGGAUUGCACGCACAACCGGACUUCACCUGGGAACGGUUCAAGCAUGCAUUACGAAAAAGGUUUUACCCGCCACACGUGCAGGCAGAAAAUUAUGACAAGUUUCUACAUCUGAAACAGGGGGAAAUGACGGUGCAAGACUAUCACACUAAAUUUGUCUCAUUAGCGGAAUUCGCAUCAUCAUUAGUACCCGAUGAGGAGAGCAAGAUCGACAAGUUCGUCAGGGGACUUAACUAUGACACACAAAAGGCCCUUAGUGUGCAAGAAUGCCAAACAUUGGAUGAUGCCUAUUAUAGAGUUGCAAAACACUAUUGGGUAAUUCAACUCCAACGAGACACACAGAAGAAGGAUCAGAAGAACGAGGAGGAGGAUUCGCAAAUGGUGAAAAAGUUAAAAACUUACCAUCAAGAACAGCCAGUGACGAGGGCUAAUCGAUCACAUGAGGAGAGAAGACUUCCGGUGCAAAUUCCGAUACAGGUAAGGAAGGAUAGACACUUUAACUGCAAGAAGUGCAAGCAAGACCAUCCAGGCGUUGACUGCGCUGGUGAGAAAGUAAAAUGCUAUUUUUGUGGCAAGUUGGGCCAUCGGGCGUACGAAUGUUGGCAUAACCCGGAGAAGGGGAUCCAACAUCAAAGGUCAAAUGGAAGAGCAGGAAAUCAAGAAGGAAAUCGGUCAGGGGCUAUGGCAAAUCGCAACAAUAACAACCGAAAUGAAAAUGCUCCUAAGAAGGGCCAUAUAUAUGUUAUGAACCAGACACAGGCCAAGAAUCAUGAUGACAUUUCAGAAGGUGAACUUGGAGAGGAAGCAAAGUAGAAGAUUUUACUAGGAGUACUUGGAGUUGAGAUGAUUAUCCUUUGGAUGAUGAUAUGCAUGCUUGAGUUCUUGAGGGCGCUAUGUAGAGACAUCAUCAUUAAUAAGAUUUUACUUUACGAACUUUUGGUUUAAGAACAUGUAGUGGACAUCUUUACUUUUCUAUUUCCCUCACUUUAGGAUAUUUGGACACGUAUUCUUGGUUAGCCUGUGCACUUAGCUAUGGAUAUGCUAAGUGUGGCGGUAACACACUCAAUUCCCAUUUAUUAUUCCGCUGCAACAUUUGAGUACUU